CACCUGCUCUCCCUCCGCAGGCUUUCCAGAAGGAGCUGGGCAAGCGAGCCAGCUGCAUUAAGAUGCUGAAGCGCUCGGUGAGGGACCUGACUCGGGGCAGCAACAGCGUCGACUCCCAGUGGCUGCAGAAGCAAAUGGAGGAGCUGAGCGGCCGCUGGGACCUGAUCUGCAAACUCUCCAUCUCCAAGCAGGGCCGGCUGGAGGCUUCGUUACAGCAGGCGGAGGAGUUCCACACCCUGGUGCGCUCGUUCCUGGCCCACCUGGCUGAGUCGGAGAAAACCCUCCGGCACGGCGUCUUCCCGGAGGAGGAGGCGGCCCUGCGCGAGUGCCAGAGCCAGCUGCAAAUUCACUUCUGA